AUGGCCGACUACGCCUCCACCCCGCUGACCACCACCACUCUAGGGACGGCCCUCCUCCGACUCAGCCCGCUCAUGAUCUCCUCGGCCUCGCUGAUGUGCGCCUGGGACCAGCAGAACGCCUUCCGCUCGUUCCUGGCGCCGCCGCUUCUGCGCAAGCCCCACGACAUCUGCGCGCACGUCGUGGUCGACUGGUUCGCCGAGUUCGCUAAGCCGACCAAGUGGGUGAUCAUCCUGUCGUACCCAUUUGCCCUGAUCAUUGCUUUCAUCAAUGCCUUCGGGGCGCCCGGCGCCGGCCUCCACCCGCAGACCAAGGCUUUCUACGCGGCAGGUGGCGUGCUGUCGAUCCUGCACUUCUACUUCGGAACCUGGUCGAUGAUGUGGAACGCGCGCAUCUCCAGCAAGGAGCACAUCGGCCCGAAGAACUACGAGGCGCUGCGCGGGUGGUUGGGGAAUAAUUUUAUGCGUAUGUGCACGGUCAAUGUGCCAGCAUGGUUUAUGUUUGUCUGUGCUACGGCGACGUUUAUUCGGGUGUGA